AUGGAGAACGAUUUUUACGAAGCAUACUAUAAAAGAUUGUAUUCAAUAAACAAAAAUUUAAAACCCCAAAAAUUUGCAGAAAUUGACGGUCUGGACAGCUCUAAGGUGAAAAACUUCCCUUUCUCCUCAUUCAAACUACUUGGGGCUCUACAGAUCGGAAUUGGGGUGAUAUGUAUAUUGCUCGGCGUUGUGGAUUUAUUCCUGUUUCUCUACACAUCCGGACAUUACGAGGACGACACGCUGAAGGCUUUAUCCAUAGCAUGUGUGCCCGUUUGGUGCGGGUUAUGGUUUAUUGUGGCGGGAUCGAUGGGAAGUUGUAUGUCAUUGCAGCAGAAGACAACUCUCACUUAUUUUAAAAUGACAUUUCUUGUGCUUAGUGUGCUAUGUUGCAUUCUUUUCGGCCCCGCACUUUUCGCCGUGGAAGUUUAUAUUGUCGUCUUGAGGACGGACGGGUCAGUGUCGGCACACGAAUGGUUGCUCCCUCUGAUGAUAGCGUUCUUUACCAUAAACGAGAUAGUGUGUGCGCUAAUUAGUGCCAGUAUCUGCUGCUGCUGUUCCCCGCUCAACCAGGCUAAGGUCAGAGUAUUGUAUACCAGAAAUGUUGAUGAACUUCACGAACCAAGACCAGAAAAAUAUCGGCUCGACACCCCAGAAAUUUUCACAACAGAAAGCAGCCGACUUGAGAAGCCGCAUAGCAGUCGUGCCCCGGUACAUCAAGCGAGAAGAGAAACACGUGCAGCAGACGAAAGGCGAGGAAGUCACGUGUCAGACGUGAGGCACGAUAAUCAGCCGCAGGAUUAUGACCACUGGGAUGAAAGGCAGCAGCAACCAGUGUCGAGCAGACGACAGCCACGUGUUGCAAUGUCGUCUGACAGCCCAACGCCAAUGCAUUAUCCACGCCCACCAGCAUAUGACAAUGAUAACCACACCUCCCAGAGUUACCGACGAAUGAAACAACUUGCUUUGCCUGGUAACCCGGAUACAUACUGAGAACAUGCGUCAACGGUCUAGAAAAACUGUCAUUCUUGUUAAUCAAAGCUCAUGUAACAUAAACCCGUUAAAAGUCGGCAUAAUUCGUCAAUUUCCGUGUCUUUCAAAGAUAAAAAAGCAUCGAUAUGAUAAAAAAAUAAGAAAUUUCUAGUCAACUAAAUGUUUUUUUAAGACCAAUAUUAAAUACGGAAACUGACGGAUUUUGUCGGAUUCUUACGAGCUAUUAAUAAAAACAUGUGGUAACUUAUUUACUGUUGCAGACGUGUUUGCAGGUCUUUAGAAGGCUUAAUUUAUCAAUAUAGCAUCUUUUCAAAGUUCAGAUUUUCGAGUAUAUACCGAAUAAAGAACAGUUUUUAUAAUACAUGUUGUACAUACAUGUACAUCUAGCGUUCUUAAAUUGUGCUGUGAUUUUUUCCGACUGUGAUACUUAUAAGUAUUGUUUAUUAUUUAUACAUUUCAUUUUUCAACUAAAGUCAUUCAUAUUACAAUUUUUUAUAUGUUUCAAUCAUUUUUAUAAACACAAGUUUUCUGAGCAUCAUUCUUUUGCCUUUCUUGUUCUUGACUAAAGUGACGUCUCUCAAAUUAUCUGUUCCGAUUCAUGAAUAUUAAAAGUAAAAUUUGUGGUUUUUUACCAUUUUAAAAAGUAACAACAAAAAAAAUCUUCUUGCAUCACAUAUACUGAUGCCUGUUGAAGUUAUAUGGAAUAUAAUAUAACUGACCCGUCACCGUUUUUAUCUAAAAUGUAACUAGCUAUGCUUAAAAUACUUUAUUUUAAUUCACUUAAAAAGUUAAAACCAACUACAUAUGAAGUGUAAAAAUGAGGAACUAUUUUUUUUUUAUAAAGAGAUGUCGAUUAUCGGAGUCGUUGUUAGGUUGAUUGUUAGUGAUAUCGAUAUUAAUAUUGUAGUAUCACUGAUACGCAGUGAAUACAAAAAUUGAGACUUUUAUAUCUAUAUAUGGGUAGAUAGAUAAAAGACAAAUGAGAACCUUUAAUUUGGCACGUUUCUGUAUGUGUUAAGGUUAUACACAUAUUACCGUCAUAUUUAUCAUGAAUUGCAAAAACUAGGAACAUAUUUUUUUUUUAAAUUGAUCCUUAAAAGUACAUUGGUUUACUAAUUAAAUGGUUUUGGAAAUAAAUACAAUUACAAUGUACGUUCUGCCUUUGAAAAUAUUAGAUAAUUCUUAGAAACUUUGUACAGAAAGUACUAAAUCGUUGAGAUACCUUCAAAAUAAUAAAGAGAAAACCAUAUUGUAGAGUUAUUUUAAGCAUUCCAUACAUAGCAAUAAUGGAUUUCCCCCCACAGGUAGCUCCAAUGACAAAUUAUGUUUAUUAUUCAACAUAUCCUUAAUAUUUAGUGUGAUUGAAAACGAUUGUUUGGAAUAAGAACACAUAAAAUCUCUUAAUCAAUACAUUUAUAUCAGCAGCUAUAAAAAACUUUAUUUUUUUGUAAAAUACACAUAUGCAGAUAUAGUAUAUGUUAUCUGCUCAGCAUGCCAAAUAAUUUAAAUUCAUAUUUUAUUUGCUAUUAUUUAUAUUGCACAAAAACAUUGAUCAAAAUAAAAAAUCUUUCUUCAAACCAGCGUUG